GUGUCCCGCGCGGCGCGCCGUCUGUUUCCAGGGCAGCGGGCGCCUCUUAGCAACGCGCGCGCAGCCGGGUCUCCUCCCCGUCCCCAGCCUGCCAUGGCGGCCGCGGGUCCCAGCGUCUUCCUGCUCAUGGUCAACGGACAGGUGGAGAGUGCCCAGUUUCCUGAGUACGAUGAUCUCUACUGCAAGUACUGUUUCGUGUAUGGCCAGGACUGGGCCCCCACGGCGGGUCUGGAAGAGGGCAUCUCACAGAUCACAUGCAAGAGCCAAGACGUGCGGCGAGCACUGGUGUGGAACUUCCCCAUCGACAUCACCUUUAAAAGCACCAACCCCUACGGCUGGCCGCAGAUUGUGCUCAGCGUGUACGGGCCAGACGUGUUCGGGAACGACGUGAUUCGAGGCUACGGGGUGGCGCAUGUGCCUCUCUCGCCCGGCAGGCACAAAAGGACCAUCCCCAUGUUUGUCCCAGAAUCUACAUCUAAACUGCAAAAGUUUACAAGCUGGUUCAUGGGACGGCGGCCUGAGUACACAGACCCCAAGGUGGUGGCACAGGGUGAAGGCCGGGAAGUGACCCGUGUCCGCUCCCAGGGCUUUGUCACUCUCCUCUUCAACGUGGUGACCAAGGACAUGAGGAAGCUGGGCUACGACACUGGGCCUCCGGACACACAUGGCAUUUUGGGGCCCAGCCCCCCUCAGGGCCUCCCCCGGUGAGGGCCCUUCCACCGCCCGCUGUGCAGGCCGAGCAGCUCUCCGAGAAUGCAGGCUGUCCUUCCGCUGAGCGUCUGCCUGAAGUGCGGCCGGCGGGGAGGGGGACCUUAUACAAUAAAGAGUUACCUCUUCACA